GAGCAAAAAAUUACUCCUUGGGAGGUUGAAGGCGCUACGAUCGAUGGUAAAACUCAAGCGAUUGAUUAUGAUAAACUAAUCGAGAAAUUUGGAACCCAUCAUAUCGACGAAGAACUCCUAAAAAGAUUUGAGA